AUGGGCAUGGAUCCAGUUCAAGUGGCAAGUCAAGCAGUUCAAGAGGAAGAGGCCAUAGUUCCAGUUCACAACAAUCCACCAGAUUGGGCCAACAUGGCUCACACUCUGGCUAUGGGGUCCAGCUCAGGAAGGAAAUCGGACAGCUCUGGAGGGAAAGGACAUAGUUCUGGCUCCCAGCAGUCCUCCAGUUCUGGCAAGGAUGGGUCAGGAUCAGGGCGGUCAUCCGGCAGCCAUGGGCAUGGAUCCAGUUCAGGUGGCAAGUCAAGCAGUUCUGGAGGAAGAGGCCAUAGUUCCAGUUCCCAACAAUCCACCAGUUUGGGCCAACAUGGCUCACACUCUGGCUAUGGCUCUGACUCUGGCUCUGGCUCUGGCUCUGGUUCUGAAUCAGGCUCUGAAUAUGUCUCAGAUCAUGGCUCAGGUCAGUCUUCAGGCUCUAGGCAAGGGGGCUCUAGAUCAGGUCAUUCUUCUAGCUCUGGGAAACAUGGUUCAAAGUCAGGGCAGUCAUCCUCUCACAGAGGACAGGGGUCCAGCUCAGGGAGGAAAUCAGACAGCUCUGGAGGGAAAGGACAUAGUUCUGGCUCCCAGCAGUCCUCCAGUUCUGGCAAGGAUGGGGCAGGAUCAGGGCGGUCAUCCAGCAGCCAUGGGCAUGGAUCCAGUUCAGGUGGCAAGUCAAGCAGUUCUGGAGGAAGAGGCCAUAGUUCCAGUUCCCAACAAUCCACCAGUUUGGGCCAACAUGGCUCACACUCUGGCUAUGGCUCUGACUCUGGCUCUGGCUCUGGCUCUGGUUCUGAAUCAGGCUCUGAAUAUGUCUCAGAUCAUGGCUCAGGUCAGUCUUCAGGCUCUAGGCAAGGGGGCUCUAGAUCAGGUCAUUCUUCUAGCUCUGGGAAACAUGGUUCAAAGUCAGGGCAGUCAUCCUCUCACAGAGGACAGGGGUCCAGCUCAGGGAGGAAAUCAGACAGCUCUGGAGGGAAAGGACAUAGUUCUGGCUCCCAGCAGUCCUCCAGUUCUGGCAAGGAUGGGUCAGGAUCAGGGCGGUCAUCCAGCAGCCAUGGGCAUGGAUCCAGUUCAGGUGGCAAAUCUAGCAGUUCUAAAGGACAAGGGCAGAAGUCCACUUCGGAAUGGUCCUCAUCUUUUGCCUCAGUAAGAUCCUCCUCAAUAGGAAGAACUAAAUCUCCUUCAAGAACAAAGUCAGGAAGCUCUGGAAGUAAAGGAGGUAGUUCCAGUUCCCAUCAGUCCUCCAGUUCUGUCAAGGAUGGGUCAGGAUCAGGACGGUCAUCAAGCAGCCAUGGGCAUGGAUCCAGUUCAAGUGGCAAGUCAAGCAGUUCUAGAGGAAGAGGCCAUAGUUCCAGUUCCCAACAAUCCACCAGUUUGGGCCAACAUGGCUCACACUCUGGCUAUGGCUCUGACUCUGGCUCUGGCUCUGGCUCUGAAUCUGAUUUUGACUCAGACUCUGAAUAUGUCUCAGAUCAUGGCUCAGGUCAGUAUUCAGGCUCUAGGCAAAGGGGCUCUAGAUCAGGUCAUUCUUCUAGCUCUGGGAAACAUGGUUCAAAGUCAGGGCAGUCAUCCUCUCACAGAAGACAGGGGUCCAGCUCAGGGAGGAAAUCAGACAGCUCUGGAGGGAAAGGACAUAGUUCUGGCUCCCAGCAGUCCUCCAGUUCUGGCAAGGAUGGGGCAGGAUCAGGGCGGUCAUCCAGCAGCCAUGGGCAUGGAUCCAGUUCAGGUGGCAAGUCAAGCAGUUCUGGAGGAAGAGGCCAUAGUUCCAGUUCCCAACAAUCCACCAGUUUGGGCCAACAUGGCUCACACUCUGGCUAUGGCUCUGACUCUGGCUCUGGCUCUGGCUCUGCCUCUGGAUCUGGAUCCGGUUCUGACUCAGGCUCUGAAUAUGGCUCAGAUCAUGGCUCAGGUCAGUCUUCAGGCUCUAGGCAAGGGGGCUCUAGAUCAGGUCAUUCUUCUAGCUCUGGGAAACAUGGUUCAAAGUCAGGGCAGUCAUCCUCUCACAGAGGACAGGGGUCCAGCUCAGGGAGGAAAUCAGACAGCUCUGGAGGGAAAGGACAUAGUUCUGGCUCCCAGCAGUCCUCCAGUUCUGGCAAGGAUGGGGCAGGAUCAGGGCGGUCAUCCAGCAGCCAUGGGCAUGGAUCCAGUUCAGGUGGCAAAUCUAGCAGUUCUAAAGGACAAGGGCAGAAGUCCACUUCGGAAUGGUCCUCAUCUUUUGCCUCAGUAAGAUCCUCCUCAAUAGGAAGAACUAAAUCUCCUUCAAGAACAAAGUCAGGAAGCUCUGGAAGUAAAGGAGGUAGUUCCAGUUCCCAUCAGUCCUCCAGUUCUGUCAAGGAUGGGUCAGGAUCAGGACGGUCAUCAAGCAGCCAUGGGCAUGGAUCCAGUUCAAGUGGCAAGUCAAGCAGUUCUAGAGGAAGAGGCCAUAGUUCCAGUUCCCAACAAUCCACCAGUUUGGGCCAACAUGGCUCACACUCUGGCUAUGGCUCUGACUCUGGCUCUGGCUCUGGCUCUGAAUCUGAUUUUGACUCAGACUCUGAAUAUGUCUCAGAUCAUGGCUCAGGUCAGUAUUCAGGCUCUAGGCAAAGGGGCUCUAGAUCAGGUCAUUCUUCUAGCUCUGGGAAACAUGGUUCAAAGUCAGGGCAGUCAUCCUCUCACAGAAGACAGGGGUCCAGCUCAGGGAGGAAAUCAGACAGCUCUGGAGGGAAAGGACAUAGUUCUGGCUCCCAGCAGUCCUCCAGUUCUGGCAAGGAUGGGGCAGGAUCAGGGCGGUCAUCCAGCAGCCAUGGGCAUGGAUCCAGUUCAGGUGGCAAGUCAAGCAGUUCUGGAGGAAGAGGCCAUAGUUCCAGUUCCCAACAAUCCACCAGUUUGGGCCAACAUGGCUCACACUCUGGCUAUGGCUCUGACUCUGGCUCUGGCUCUGGCUCUGCCUCUGGAUCUGGAUCCGGUUCUGACUCAGGCUCUGAAUAUGGCUCAGAUCAUGGCUCAGGUCAGUCUUCAGGCUCUAGGCAAGGGGGCUCUAGAUCAGGUCAUUCUUCUAGCUCUGGGAAACAUGGUUCAAAGUCAGGGCAGUCAUCCUCUCACAGAGGACAGGGGUCCAGCUCAGGGAGGAAAUCAGACAGCUCUGGAGGGAAAGGACAUAGUUCUGGCUCCCAGCAGUCCUCCAGUUCUGGCAAGGAUGGGGCAGGAUCAGGGCGGUCAUCCAGCAGCCAUGGGCAUGGAACCAGUUCAGGUGGCAAAUCUAGCAGUUCUAAAGGACAAGGGCAGAAGUCCACUUCAGAAUGGUCCUCAUCUUUUGCCUCAGUAAGAUCCUCCUCAAUAGGAAGAACUAAAUCUCCUUCAAGAACAAAGUCAGGAAGCUCUGGAAGUAAAGGAGGUAGUUCCAGUUCCCAUCAGUCCUCCAGUUCUGUCAAGGAUGGGUCAGGAUCAGGACGGUCAUCAAGCAGCCAUGGGCAUGGAUCCAGUUCAAGUGGCAAGUCAAGCAGUUCAAGAGGAAGAGGCCAUAGUUCCAGUUCACAACAAUCCACCAGAUUGGGCCAACAUGGCUCACACUCUGGCUAUGGCUCUGACUCUGGCUCUGCCUCUGCCUCUGCCUCUGGCUCUGGCUCUGGCUCUGGAUCUGAUUUUGACUCAGACUCUGAAUAUGUCUCAGAUCAUGGCUCAGGUCAGUCUUCAGGCUCUAGGCAAAGGGGCUCUAGAUCAGGUCAUUCCUCUAGCUCUGGGAAACAUGGUUCAAAGUCAGGGCAGUCAUCCUCUCACAGAAGACAGGGGUCCAGCUCAGGGAGGAAAUCAGACAGCUCUGGAGGGAAAGGACAUAGUUCUGGCUCCCAGCAGUCCUCCAGUUCUGGCAAGGAUGGGUCAGGAUCAGGGCGGUCAUCAAGCAGCCAUGGGCAUGGAACCAGUUCAGGUGGCAAGUCAAGCAGUUCUAGAGGAAGAGGCCAUAGGUCCAGUUCCCAACAAUCCACCAGUUUGGGCCAACAUGGCUCACACUCUGGCUAUGGCUCUGACUCUGGAUCUGGCUCUGGCUCUGGCUCUGGUUCUGACUCAGGCUCUGAAUAUGUCUCAGAUCAUGGCUCAGGUCAGUCUUCAGGCUCUAGGCAAGGGGACUCUAGAUCACGUCAUUCCUCUAGCUCUGGCAAACAUGGUUCAAAGUCAGGGCAGUCAUCCUCUCACAGAAGACAGGGGUCCAGCUCAGGGAGGAAAUCAGACAUCUAUGGAGGGAAGGGACAUAGUCCUGGCUCCCAGCUGUCCUCCAGUUCUGGCAAGGAUGGUUCAGGAUCAGGGCGGUCAUCCAGCAGCCAUGGGCAUGAAACCAGUUCAGGUGGCAAAUCAAGCAGUUCUGGAGGAAGAGGCCAUAGUUCCAGUUCCCAACAAUCCUCCAGUUUGGGCCAACAUGGCUCACACUCUGGCUAUGGCUCUGACUCUGGUUCUGGAUUUGGCUCUGGAUCUGGAUCUGAUUUUGACUCAGACUCUGAAUAUGUCUCAGAUCAUGGCUCAGGUCAGUCUUCAGGCUCUAGGCAAAGGGGCUCUAGAUCAGGUCAUUCUUCUAGCUCUGGGAAACAAGGUUCAAAGUCAGGGCAGUCAUCCUCUCACAGAGGGCAGGGGUCCAGCUCAGGGAGGAAAUCGGACAGCUCUGGAGGGAAAGGACAUAGUUCUGGGUCACAGAAGUCUUCUAUGUCAGGCAAAUCCAUUGUCUUCUUUUAGUUUGGCAGACACAGUAAAUCAAACACACCAUAUUUCUCUGAUUCUUCUUUCACAAAGGAAACACUUUUGGUUGGGCAUCUAUUCGUUUUACACUCUUUCAUAUAUUUUUGACAAUGAUUAUACCUUAAAUCACUGAUGGUGUUUUCUUAUUAAAGGCCAUUAUAAAACUGACCCUGAAAUAAGAGAAGAAAUUGAUUAUACAAGCCAUGACCAUGUCUUUCAUAACACUUCUGUAAUCAAAAUUAUCUUUUAAAAUCAUUCUUCAAUUCAACAUAAAAUUUUGUGAUUUUCCUUCUAUUUGUCUUUGAUUUCUUCUAGCUAUGCCAUUUCGUACUGUAUCUUAUAGCUUUCUUUAUUAGGACAUUGUGUGGGUAAUAAAUAAAAAGAGCUAAAUACAGUCUGCUAUUCAUUAGGAAACAAAGUUAGUAUAUUAAAUCCUUGACUUAACAAUGGAGUUUUUCUUCAUUAGGAAACAAUUCAUGGAACUGCAUUGUAGUUGUUCAUUGAUAUUUUAUUUGUGCAAUAAUCUCCAGUGCGAAAAAAUUUGUUGAUUAGAUUCUCAGGCCUUAAAAAGUCAAAUUUGUUCUUACAUCACUACGUUCCCAAUCUAAUGCUAUUCCAUGGCAGAAUGGGUAUAGAUCAUAAAGGCAAGACUCAAUUUUCAAUGCUUUUUAAGCUCAUCAUUAUCACCAAAUCUUGACUCCUUAGAGCACCUUAGGCAAAUCAACAAUUUUUGAGUGGAAUUGAGACUGUCCUUCUUCCUUAGAGAUUUAUAAUAUGGUUAUAUUUGAAAGGUAGAAAUUUUUUCCAUAUUAUUUCAAAGAGCAGAAAUGUUUCCUCUAACAACAAUAAAAAUUUUUCAUUCAGAAUCUUUUCUAGACUGUAAAGAAAUAUAUUGGACUAUUUCUCAACAUCUGAGGUUAGACUGCUUCUUUCUUUCACUAGCCUUUCCAUAAAAGAGAAGGUUAUUUCUAAGGAGAAAUAUAUAUGUUACUUUUAUUUUAAUUCUUAUAAUUGACUCUGACAAUCUCAAGAUUAUUAUUGAUCUUUCCUUCCUU